AUGCGGCUCUUCCAUCGGCAUCGAAACAAGAAAAAUUCACCUGUCCCUGACCGAGAAGACUUGAUUUCACCCUUCAACUCAUCAGCACCACUGCCACCCAUUCGAAACUUCUCAUACCCGAAUACCGCUCUACAAUCACCGACGGCACCUCCCAUUUCUUCGGCUGCACACCUACCUCCUACCGCCUUUAGAGAGGCACAAAAAACAUCUACACUCAGUCGUGACACAGAACCCCCAUUCUACUGGGCUUCUUCGUACAAACCAAUAAGGGCAAAAGUCACCACAACCUCAGCAGACUCUCGAUCUUCGAUAUUAAACACUGCACCAGAGACAUUCGGCUACGGCUAG